AUGGCUACGUCAAAAACUCUGCGGCUCUUAGCUGUAAAAUUAGGUUUGGCUAACGAAGUAAGAGUUCUGAGCAAAGCUGCAGAAUUUGAACGCUUACUUCAAAUUAAAUCUACUCCAGGGAAUAACUUUUCAGACACAAGUAAAAUUGUAAUACUUCUAGAUUUGGCAGCUUCUUUGCUUGGUACUAAUUUUGAUCAAAAAACUGCUGUUAAGUAUUCAGGUUUGAAGGGACCAAGCUAUAGAAAUACUAGAAAGGUGAUUGAGAAUUUACUUGAGUUGGACAAUGAAAAGCUAUCAAUAUCCACCCUGUGCUUAAACCUGCAGUGUACCGGAGUACAGGAUCUUGCUGAAAGUAUCAUGAAAGAAUAUGAAACAAGCUCUAAAGUGGUAUUGGAUUUGACAUUACCCCAUUAUGUUUGUAUGGCAGUAUACCAGGCUUGCAGGAUCAAUAAAGUAAAGAUAACAAAAUCUAAAAUAAUAGAAAAAUCCAGAUUAAAACCUGGGCAAUGGAGUGAGUUGGAUGCAGAGUGGACUAAAAUUGUGGAUGAAAAGUUUCUUGUUGUUAAAAAAAGGGGACAGCCACCCAAAGUUGUUAUUGAAAAUGAAAAUGAAAUGGAAAUAGAUACAAGUCCUAUAAAAGAGACGACGGAAACAAAAAUAGAACCUUAUGAGGAUUGGAAGCGAAGAAUGUUAGAACAAGCUUACAAGGAGUUGAGAGAGUUAGAGAAUAAAAAGAGAAUAGGUAAAAAUAGGGUUAGUUUUAAUGAAGACAUGCUACCACGAAGAUCUUCAAGAAUGACACCACAAAAAUCAUCAGGAAUGACACCACAAAAAUCAUCAGGAAUGACACCACUACAAUCAUCAGGAAUGUCACCACAAAAAUCAUCAGGAAUGACACCACUAAAAUCGCCAUCUAAACAAAGAACUCCGCAAAAGUUUUCGCCAUACAAAAGUCCAGAGAAAGCUAGGCUAAGACUCAAUUUUCCAAAAAUUUGA